UUUUUUGUUUCUCUCUGUUGAGUUUUGAACAUUAGAUUUAAAAAACUAGAAUAGAAGCUUCUCAGCUCAUUUGUGAGUUAGUGUGUUAUUUGAGAUAAGUAAUAAUUGUUUAAAAUAGAUUAAAAAAAUGGCUCCUAAAAGAAGACCAGUUCCCCUGAACAUAACGCCCAUCGGGGAGGGACAGGCCAUCUCCAACACCAUUGAUGCUGCAUCUGAAGCCAACCUCGAGGCCUUACAAAAGAAGCUGGGUGAGUUGGACCUGGACGAGCAACAGAGGAAACGACUGGAGGCCUUUCUGACCCAGAAGGCCCAGGUCGGGGAGCUGAAGGAUGAGGAUUUUGACCCCAUAUGCGAGUUGGGUGCUGGGAAUGGAGGAGUGGUCAACAAGGUCCGCCACAAACCCUCGGGUCUGGUCAUGGCCAGGAAGUUGAUCCACCUUGAAAUCAAGCCUGCCAUCAGAAACCAGAUUAUCAGAGAGCUGCAGGUGCUGCAUGAAUGCAACUCUCCCUACAUUGUGGGCUUUUACGGGGCCUUUUACAGCGAUGGGGAGAUCAGCAUCUGUAUGGAGCACAUGGAUGGUGGAUCCUUGGACCAGGUCCUGAAGGAAGCCAGAAGAAUCCCAGAAGAAAUCCUGGGAAAAGUUAGCAUAGCUGUAUUGAGGGGGUUAGCCUACCUGCGAGAGAAGCACCAGAUCAUGCACAGAGAUGUCAAGCCCUCCAACAUCCUGGUCAACUCUCGCGGGGAGAUCAAGCUGUGCGACUUCGGUGUGAGCGGCCAGCUCAUAGAUUCCAUGGCCAACUCCUUUGUUGGAACGCGCUCCUACAUGUCGCCGGAGAGACUGCAGGGCACUCACUACUCUGUUCAGUCUGACGUGUGGAGCAUGGGGCUGUCCCUGGUGGAGCUGGCCAUCGGCCGCUACCCCAUCCCCCCACCAGACGCCAAAGAGCUGGAGCACAUCUUCGGACGGGCCAUUAUGGACGGGGCCGAGGGAGAGCCUCACACCAACAUGCAGAGGCCGAGACCACCAGGCCGACCCGUGAGCGGUCAUGGGAUGGACAGUAGACCUGCUAUGGCCAUCUUUGAACUCUUGGACUACAUUGUGAAUGAGCCGCCCCCUAAACUGCCACUUGGCGUCUUCACCAAUGACUUCCAGGACUUUGUGACAAAAUGUUUGAUCAAAAACCCAGCAGAGAGGGCCGAUCUGAAGAUGUUGAUGAGUCACACAUUCAUCAAACGAUCAGAAGUUGAGGAAGUGGACUUUGCCGGCUGGUUGUGCAAAACCAUGGGCCUCAACCAGCCCAGCACUCCCACCCGCGGCACUGAGUGAACAGGCCCCCACUGCCCUCACACACACACACACACACACACACACACACACACACACACACACACACACACACACACACACACACACACACACACACACACACACACACACACACACACACCUGGGUCUUGCUUGCAUACACAUAAAUAUACUGCACAUACACGUACACAAGCCAUCACACACAUUGGCACUUUUUUUCUCCUUCUUGCUCUUGGGUAAAACGGUUUUGUUUCCCCUCCUCCACCCAUUUAUUUCUUCACCAGCAGCAGAGCCCGUUGAGUCAUUGUACUGUAAGACCACAGCUUCACAAUGCCAGUGUCAAAGAGUAGCCACAGCUCACCUUUACACACUGCUACUGAGGAUGUAAAGCACUGAAGGGCUGCCAGUGUGUCAGCUUAAUUUGGAUUUGAUUGACAAACUCAUUUUGUAUUGUUGACAGUUGAAUAUCCAAAAAAAUCUGUAUUAAUCUUUUGUACAGCUGAUGGCUUGCGGGACUUUUAUUUUAAUAAAAUACCUGCUGUGGAGCUUUCCAAACAAAGAAAUCCCAACAAAUCACCUACUGCAAAUUCUAAAUUGGUUUAAUUGAGGGUGAAUGCAGCUAUUUUGAUCUAAAACACCCAUGUCAGAAUUAUUCAUGCAUAAAUGUUCCAAGCAGAAACCUUGCAAUUACCUCCAAUGUAAUAAUUAAAUUGUUAGUAGAGAGUGUAGGGGAAAAAAAGGCAUGUAAGGAUUUAUUUUUCACUAUUUGUUAAAUCAGCGAUCACUCUGAAGAUCACUUUGUGAACAAUGUCCCAAACCAAAGAGGAUACUCGUGACUGAAAGUUUUUCAACACUGAGAAAUUUUAUUUCAUAUGCAAAUUCAUCAACAGUAUAUCGGUGUACUUUGAAUGUUUAGAAUGUUCUUUUCAUUCAGUGAUCUACACUGUGUUGACAUCGUUUCCCCAACAUACAUUUCAAUGCGCAUCCGGCAUUGUGUGUCUCACAUGGGAGGAGGCAAUGUCGUUAUUGACAUUGAGAAAACAGAGAUUGAAAUGUAAUCAUGGGAUGAUAUAGCAUGGUUUAUUAUCUUUCUAAUACUGUAUGUGUGUUUUUGUUUCCCAAGAUCAUGAUGGGGAUGAUUAUCUGGUGUGUUUUUUUGGGGGUUUUUUUUAAUCAAAAGCCUGAAUCUCUGCAAAGUCGAUUAUGAAAUUCCAAUCACAUUGACUAAUUUAAGUAUUUUCUUUUCCUCUCUUUGUUGUUGGUCUGUACUUUUCACCCUGAAGUGUAUUUGGUUAUGUUUUUCACUGUACCGCUACGUGUGGCGCUCCAAGCUUUCACUUGGGACACAACCAGCCGAGAGGCGUGCUUUUGGAAAAGACUUGGGUUGAAUUACAUUCGACAACCUUUUCCUUGGGAUUUAACCAAAUUAAUUGUGGUUUAAAAAAAGAAAAACAAAUAUGUUGACUGAGACUUCAGACGAGUCAAGUAGUACAAAGAGUUUGACUGAACAUUUUAACCCUGGUCAGUGUUGGUCACAUGGUGGUGGUGGUGGUGGUGGUGGUGGUGUUACUUGCUAGCCUGCCGUCUUGCUAGAGCUCUUGUAUUCUCUCUGCUUAUGGCUGCCCUUUCUUAACCCCCACCGCCCCCCCCCAAAAUGUGCAUUUGUUCAGAGCCAAAUGAAUGCAUUGUCACUUGUAUGUGUACAAAGCUAUAUACAAAAAUUACAGGAGUACUAUUUUGCAGUCUUAAUAUACAAAUUUUUUGAUUUAUGUAAAUGACAAGGGAGAAGAGUCAUUUUAUUAUAAUAUAAAAAUGUGUCGGAUAUGGUUAUAAUGUAUAAAAAAGAUUAAAAUAAAACUUAUUUGUGAAUGUACUGUAAGGUGUUU